CAGAACCCUGUCUGUGCUUGGUAUAUUAGGCAGCCAGCGCUCUUGGCUGGGAGCCCAGACGAGGCUUUUGUAAUCAAAACAUGAUCUUGUAUGCUGUGCAACCAGUGCUGAGAAAGGCCGUCUGAUGGCUCUCUUCUUUUAGCUCUGCGCUGGAAUCCGCCGGGCUUUGCUGCUGAUGUCUGACAUGCACCGAGCGGAUGCCACUGUGGAUGAUGCUGUGCUAAGAAAGAAAGAACAGAAAGAUGUUGAACUUGAUAAGAAAAUCCUGGCUCUGCGGAAGAAGAAUGAAGCACUUAUACGAAGAUACCAGGAAAUAGAAGAGGAUAAAAAACGUGCUGAGCAGGAGGGAAUGGCUGUUACCUCCAGGAAACCCAAGCAAGAUGGACUCACUAUUACCAUCACCAAAGCUCACAAUGACCUGAAAGAUGCAAUUACCCAGACUGAACACUAUGGACAAGAUAGCCAAGCCCUCUCGAUGGACAAAAGGGUUGUGAGUGAGAAAAAGAGCCCUUGCCCUGUGAGCACUGGAUUUGGCAUUGGCAGUGAGGAAGAGGAGGAAGAGGAGGAAGCGGAUCAUAUGUUCACAUUCAGAAUGGGGAAGAGGAUGCAGCUGGCUGUUACCAUGGACAACAAAGCUAAGGGCAAGCGAAUUGUCAGCGAGAAACGCACUGAGUGCUUCCCUGGUCCAGGCAGGGUGCCAGACCUGAGUGAAGAAGAAACAGACCACUUGGUGGCUUUCCGCCGGGGGAGAAGAAUGCAGAUUGCCAUCACCAUGGAUAACAAGGAAAAAAUAGAGGAGAGGAGAGCAGUGGAGAAGAGGAGAUCAGACAGCGACAGAGGCCCUGAAAGUGAGCACAGCCGUAAGGAGGGUGGGAAGUCAGUCCAGAAGUGCCCCGGAGACCUGAGUUUCCCCUUGAGUGGACGGGAACGCUCGGAAUACAUCCGCUGGAAGAGGGAGCGAGACCAGAUUGACCUCGAGCGACUGGCACGGCACAAGAAUGCAAAGGGCGAGUGGAGGCGGGCUUGGGAUGUGGAGAAGUCAGAGCACAUGUUUGAAGAGGACUUUGUUAAGGAUGGGGAGCCAGCCUUGGAUAAUCCCAGCAAUAAGAAAGGGGGAAGAAACGCAAGGAAAUUCCAGCACAGGUCCUUUCCUCCCAACGGGAGAGGUGUAGGACAGCACAGCGUGAAUGUGAGUGAUCCUGGUCCCAAAGCAACGAGCAGCCGAGCCAAAGGAAAGGACAGACUGACCGGCAGAGCCAGGAGAUGGGAUGCAAAAGAAGGUGAGGACACGUCUUUUCUGAAGGAUGAUCCUGACAGCCAGAAGAACAUUGGUACAGACAAGCAGAAAAGCAAAGGUGAAGAGGCAGUGGAAGAGAACUGCACAGCUGAGUUGGAGGAGAAGGUGAAACCGCCGAGCCUUCAAGAGCAUGGGAGGAGAAGUGGGAAGGCCUUGCCUGCCCACAAUGGACAGAAGGAGGAAAGGAGAAGAGUGAAGGGGCUCAGCAAGGAGGUCUCUGAGGCCAGCACAGGUGACUUGGAGCCAAGGCCCAAGGCAAGUAAGGAACAUACUGAGGAAGAUGCCAACGGGAAGCCUAGCACUGCUGAUGUGGUGAAGGAGAGCACAAAUAGCAGUGCUUCACAAAGUGGCCUUCCAAGUGCUGUGCAAACCACUAAGCGCAGCAGUGAGGAGAUCUUGUUAUUGCCCGUGGGAGCUGAUUUAGAUGGAGGUGGCUUAGAGAAAAAGUCAGCUUCUGAAUGGGAAUCCACUGAGAACUCUUCAAACAACCAUGGAGGAAAGCUGGACACAGAUGCAGGAGACAGACUGGAUGCAGAUCAAGGACAGCUGGUGGGAAAAAGAGGGGAAGAAGUGGCCCAAAACACUGCCCUUGAGGGACAAACACUUGCUCUGAAAGGAGUUGAAGAUGCUGAAGACACUAAACACACAGGAGAGCCUUUGCCCACAGAGAAAGACAACUCCAACGAGACUGUUGUUCCUGAGCAGGAUAUGGCAAAACUACAGUCCAGGGAAGGGGACCAGCCUGAGGAUGGCAAGGACAAGGACAGUGGGGACACACUCGACUAGCAAAUAAUGCACCAGUUUGCCUGAGAUGGAAGGAUAACGUGCUGAAGGUGGUGGAUGAGGAGCACAACAUUACCCUCACUCUUUGAUCUUCUAUGAAAUCAACUUUCAGCACCUUGUCUGUACCCUUGAUCACCCCCAGCUCAGUUUCAGCAUCAGCCCUUGCUCUCCAUACGUCAAAGGGCAGGAAGGCUACCCACGCUCCCCACAAGAAAAACACCAUCACUUUUCUUUCGUAUUUGUUUUGCCUAUAUUGCAGCUGCGUGGCAAUCCAAUGAAAUGUCUACUGUAUGCACUUUAUUUUGUUUAAUAACUAAUUCUGUUUAAAGUUAAGAUUUUUCCUUCUGGGCAGCCUACCCACUUCCUCCUCCAGAGGCUGGCAGGGAAGCACAUGUGCCAGUAAGGACAGUAGGGGCUGCUGGGCUCCCCAGAGCAGACAAGUGACAAAGCAGAGCACUAGGAGACAGCACGACAGACUGUGUCGUAACUCAGUAGGCAGGUGAAGCAGGGCAGCUCUUGUAAUAGAGAUUUGUACGUAGUUGAAGUGGUGGUGGGCACAUACAGUAGUUGCAUGGGUCACAGGCACAAAGAGGUUCUUGGGUUACACUGUUGAGCACAGGUGCUUUUGAUAAGCGCAUGCCAGCUAUGGCAUCUCAUCCUUUCAGAGGAUCCUUUCUCUACUCCUCCAGCUAGAUAAGGUAGGGCAGAAAUAUCACAACACACUCAGAUAUAGGGUUUGGAUUUUGGUUCAUCCUGUACGGAGCCAGGAGUUGGAUCCCUGUGGGUCCCUUCCAACUUGGGUUGUUUGAUGGUUCUGUGUCAGGAGAGCACAGUUUUUUCUUAUGGAAGGUAGCUGCUACAUUGAUGAGGUGAAGCUUGGCAAGUACUGCUGCCUAAUACCAAGAAGUACAAAAGCUGCAGUGACUGAGGAUACAGCUUUGUGUCAAGUGACACAAGGAGUAGAGCAGCACAAAUGCAAUACUCUUCCUUCUUUAACAGCAAGGAAGGAGUGGCAGCAAGGAACACAGCCAAACUGGAUUUGCAAGUCAGAGCUUCCUGUCGAGUGCCAACCUUCAUGGUUGACCUUCCAAAGCCUUGGGCCUGAACAAGAAGGUAACUGCUCCCUUGGAAGCUACCAAGCAUAAUUUUUGAGCAAACCUUAAAAGAUACCUUUCAGAUUAAGGAAGUGGAUGAGCAUUACAAACACAGAUGAGCAAAAACCCCAGCUUGGAUUCCCAAGCAACUGCAAGGCUCACAGCAAACAGCAACUACCAAAAUAUGGCUACUUAUUAAGAAGCAGGCAAAAAGCAGGCACAAGUGCUUAGAUUUCUAAGUGACAGAGAAGCAAGGAUAUCACCCUCCCUUUGCAUCACUGCCCUAAAACCUGAAGCAGUUUCAGGAGUCAAUUGCAGACACAUAUGUGUGGAGAUUUAUUGGAUUUCAUUGCAAGAUGCAUUUGCUAGCCAAAAUGGCAGGCUGCCUUGGUGAUAAGGUUGGCAUAUGUGGUAGACUGAAAUACUGUAUGCUGUUUUAAUAAACUAGUAUUUGCACAUAUAAACAUUUUGCUUUUCCACAUCUGUAGCACCUAAGUCAUGAAGAACAAGCCUGGGAACUUCUAUGUGCCAAAUUCAGGACAAUUUAUUGGCUUCAGACCAGGCAUUAGCAAGAAACAGAGCAUGCUGCUUUCACGCUUUAUUUGUAGAAAAAUCUUUGCCUCACCAAAGCCUGGGCUGGGUUUAUUUGGGAACGGAUAGACAAAAGCCAGAUUAUAAAACUACUCCAGGUCCUGGAAAUUCUCCAUCGCUUAAAGACUCAUUCUCCACAACCAACUUAAAGUCCUUUUUCAAAA